GAUAGGAAAAUUCUUUGGAAGGGCUGCGCUUCUUCAACUUACACGUGAAUAUACGAAAAAAUUUAAACGACGCCGUGCCAUUCAUCGUCUUCUUUCUCUAUCGCGUUAUUAGGGUUUUCAAGUUCCCUCCAUUUCUUCCAAAAUUCCCAAUCUCACAAUCCUCCGUUCACUGAAACUCCAACUUCCACAUUUUCCAAAACCGAAAAAAAUGAUCAACCUAUUCAUAUCAGAACCCACUCCAAACAACGACACAGAAAACGAAUCCACAAAACUUCGAAUCAACCUAUUGAACGAAUUAGAAACCGUUAUUUGGUCCGCAAUAAUCUCUUCCAGUCGCUCAGAAGCUCGAAUGUGGCUCUGCAAAACCAUCGCCGGAUUCAACUGUAUCACACCUCGCGAUCAGCGUGCACUUUUCAUCAAUUUUCUAAAAACUCCAAAGAAAAAACACGAUCUCGCUUCUCAGCUUAUCAAUUUGAUGUUCGAUAAGUCGCCCCAAAAACCUGGUUCGGUUUUAGCACGCAAAACUCGCGUGCUCGAGAAUUUCUUCACCGGUAACCCUAAGCGUUUGUUGCAGUGGUUUUCGUUUUGUGGAUUGGAACAGGGGAAAGGGUUGAGAGCUUUAUCUCAGUUUGCAUUUAAGAAUAGGGAUAUUUGUUGGGAAGAGUUGGAGUGGAAAGGAAAACAUGGACAAUCACCUGCAAUGGUUGCUACAAAGCCUCAUUACUUUCUUGAUUUAGAUGUUCAGAGAACUGUAGAGAAUUUUUUAGAUAAUGUGCCUGAAUUUUGGUCGUCGAGUGAGGUUUCUGAGUCUGUAAAAGAUGGUGAUAUUUUUCUUAUUGAUAGACAGUUUUUUGUUCGUUAUUUUAAGGAUUUGAUGUAUAGAGAGGAUUCGAGUGAUGUGUGGGAUGUUAUAGAAGAGUUCUUAGAAGAACAGCCUUUUUCUUGUUUGUGCGAGCAUCUUCUUAUUAGUUUUGAAGAGAAGGAUUUGUGUUACUUUGUGGAGUUGCUUUGUAAAUGUCUGGACCCGAGAAUUGAGUUUCGAUGUUUGGAUGAUUUGUCUCGGUUGUUUGUGGUUGUUCUUUUGAAGUGUGGGGUUUAUGAAUCUAUUGACUUGAUGAUGCUGUUAAAUGCUGUAAUUGGUCAGGGGAGGCAGCUUAUAAGACUUUUGCGCGACGAAGAGGCCAAGGAGUCGUUCGAGAAAGUUAAUGAAAUUGUGUCGAAGAUAUCUGCAAUCCCAAGUGAUGGUAAUAGCUUGACCCCGAUUUUUAAGAAUAGGUGUAAGAUGGCAACUGUGGAAGUGGUGAAGUGUCUUGGACUUCAGUCUUGGGUUCUAUACUAUAGGUUGUCGCAAGAGUGCCGAACUCCUGAGUCCUGGGAGUCUGUCUUUGUGCAUAAUCAAAUUGGUUUCCGCAACUCUGAUAAACAUGCAUUGAUAGAUGAGAAUGGACUGUUGACAGAAGAAGAUUAUUCUGGUUUCGAUCGUAUUCCUUCUGGUAGAGUUAAGAAAAAGAAGAAACAAAAAGCUAGUAGGAAGAGGAGGAGGGCAUAUGAUAGUGAUGAUGGUAAUGAUGAUGAGCUGCUAGAUUUUGAUUUUGCUAGCCAGAAGUUGUAUUAUCCCUCAAAUACUAAAAGUUGGUUGCUUUCAACUGACAAGUACGCUUCGGCAUGGAAUAGUGCAGACUUACCUGAGCACCUUCAUAGACUGUGUUUAUCUAAGUGGAUGAUAUGGCUUUUUGAAAAAUGAGUUCAGAGGUCUGGUUCACUGUGUCCACCAAAAAGAUGUUAUGAUAUCAUCAUUUCUAAACGGUUGGAUGGCGAGAUCAAUCACCCCUUAGUUUGGUGUUUUCCACUCAGUUCACAUGUAUAAAGCGUGCUGUGGCUCUUUUGAAUCUGCCCGUGGCUAUUGUUGAUGUGAAAAAAUUUAUAUUUCAUUUUGAACAUUCUCUACAAGCCUGCUCAAGUACACCAAAGUCGAUAAACCUCGAGUUCACUGUGAAAGGAUUGCUAAUUGCUAAUUUGCUUCACAGACUGCUACCACAUUAUGGUCGGAAACAUGGGCGUCAUCCAUAUGCUCCAAAUCCAUUGUAAAACCGCAUGUCAUCAAACAGUGAAUGGAUCAUUCAGAAUGCUAUGAUGAGUGUGCCUAGGCAAGUUACAAUACUCAAGCUCCAUGAGUAAUUUUCUUUGGGCACAUUCAUCAAUUUGUAAAUAUUACGUACCACAAUCUAUAUCAGAUUAGCAGUUAUUAAUUUCUGAUAAAAAGAUGGGGAUGCAUCUCUUGUUAUUUGUUAAGCUGUUCAGUUGAGCCUUUUUUAACUCUUGGGUUCUUAUUGCCGCUGUUCCGUUGAACCUUUGUCAUUAAGGAAUGUCGAUUGGCAUACAUAAGUGGAGAUCUCCGCGGAAACUGACCUAAAUGGGUGCCUGCGGGAAGACAAAUUUUCGCACAUGGAUGGGGAUAAGGUCGUACCACCUGCUCCGCAGGGGCUCCGUCCCCGUAUAGUUUAUCAAAAUAUCGUAUAUGUGCACAUAUUUCUAAGAAUGUGGAGAGAUGAACUCAGAAUAGACUCAUGUAAAUUUUUCUGUUCCGUGGAACCUUGGCAUUGGGUAAAUAUUUGGGGGGUUCCUCUUAUGGGGAGAGCUCCUAAGCAGAUAGAUUCUGAUUGCCUUAUCGAUCAAGUGAGUUCCAAGCGUACUACCUCCGUGGCACAUGGGGAGACUUGCAACAUUGUGUUUUUCCCGUCCAGGCUCACCAACUUGAAGUUCCAUAGAGAGUUAGGUGUUUUAUAUGGCAAGUGGUACAUGGGAGACUUGGUACCAACAAAAUUUGCAGUCGUUGGGAAAUAGGCACGCUUUGUGUUAUAUGUGAUCGGGGGUGGAAGAGGCGGUGGUCUUACAUGUGCUCAGGGACUGUUAAGUGGCUACCUUUGUGUGGCAUGAUUUCUUUCAUGGGAGAAUGAGUGAUUAGGUGUACUUUAAUUUGAAGAAGGUUAGAGCCUAGAGGGACGUGUCAAUGUAUGAGACAAGUUUAAGGCUUAAGGCCCUGGGUGUCGACAUGUCAAGGAGGUUUUGAUUAAAUGGAUGCAUCCUCAUAAUGGUUGCAUUUGUAUUAACACCAAUGGUGCGAUUAAAGGAGGAACUGGUGUUGUUGGAUGUGGUGGAGUGCACUAGGAUCAUGAAGGAAACUGGAUAUAUGGCUUUAUGUGAUUUCUAGGUUUCUCCAGUGUGUUUGUAGCAAAAUUGUAGCGGAAAGGUGUGGCUAUCAAGUUUUUAAGCUUCAACCGGAUUCUCAAGAUGCGGUUAAUUGUCUAUGUGGAUCGGAAGUUGCUAAAGGAAAUGGUCAUAAUCUUAUUAAAAAGAUUCAAAGUUUAUUAUAGGAGAAUUUGCGUGUUACUUUUAGUGAAGUCAUGAGGGGAGUAAGGUUGCGUUACUAUUAGUGAUAUUGCGAGGGGAAUAAGGUUGCGGAUGGUUUGACUUCUUUGGCUUGUGAGUUGGAUGGUUCUCUUUAGAUAUGAUCAACCUCCAACUCACGUUUAUCUUUUUCGUUUGAUUCCUUUCCUUUGUAGCUCUGGGUUUUUAGGCCCCAUUCACUCUAAAAACAUAAUAAUUCAAGAUGAUUUCUUUCCCGA